GGCUGCGCGGGAGGUCGAGGAGAAGGCAAAGGUGGAGGUGAAGGAGGAGGUGGUGAUGGCGGCGGGUGCAAGUGUUGGCUCGUCGGCUCAAAUCGCUAGGAAGUGGUAUGGAGAUUAGAAGUUUCGUUUUUUUCUUCUGUUCCUGCUCUCGUAGUCAUAUGUUGAAAUGACGUGUUUUCGAGAGAUUUGGGAUUCAACGAAUUGGUAGGGGAAGUUGACUUCAGUGUAGCAUGAAAUUUUUGUAUACUAUAACAAGGUGAAUAUGUGCAACAUUAGUUUUAAGCAUGAUUUUGAAUUUUGAUCCAAGCAAAUGGAAUCACACACGGGGAAGUGGAAUCACACAAUUUGGGAUACGGAUGGUGUUGGCCAAGUUUUACAUGCUAGUGCACAUAGUUAUUAUGGAGGGUAAUCCACAUCCAGGAGCUGUAAAGGGUCGAAUGUCAUUCCAAAAUUUCAAUCCAUCUAUCGAUAAAUUAAAUGGAGAGGCAAGAGGUGACUGCCAAACAGAAUCAGCUUCACCUAGUAAUUAUCAUCAAGACAGUGCAAACUCUAGCAGAGGGGAUGAAGUACUAGCAUCAAGAUUUAGAGACUCCAACAUUGACAGUUCAGAAAGCAUAUCCCUGAAUGAACUAAAGAGGAAACAGCCUGAACUUGAGAUGGAAACACCACCAUCUCAUAAGCUGCCAAAGGCCACAGGUCGAAAUGUUGAUGGUGGGUCAUCUUCACAAAGCAACGGUCAUGGAUCUCGCAAUUCGAACAAGCGUGAGAAGUUUGACUUUAAUCUUCUGAGACCAAAGAAAUCAAAAUGAGGUUCAAGGUGCCAUAACCAUGACUAGCUCUUGUACUACGUUUGUAGUUGUACCCGAUUGGUCAUUUGCCCUGUUUUGUGGAUUAUAACUAGACAGCUGGUAACCCUGCGGUGGCAUUUCUGUUCUUAACUUAGUGAGAUAAUGAGAUGUCUAUCAUUAUCUUUCUCCUGAUGUGUUGUUUACUCCAUUACUCUGCUGUAAGAUGUGACGUUCUGCAGCAGUAGCAGCAAAGAAUACAAUUUUGUUUUCUAUGUUUUGUCUCGUACAUUAUUGGUAA